GGCGGGGCCGCAGGUGAUAGGGUUCGCACGCGGGGUAUACCCCGACUGGUGGCAGAGGGAUCUGGGCUGCUAGCAAGUGGGACUGGAGGGCUGGAAAGUCAGGGCCAGACCUCGGAAGACUGAAACAGGAGGAUCGCUGUAAAUUCGAGGCCAGCCUGGGCAAUUCAGUGACAACUCUAUCUUAAAAUUUGAAAAAGUUGUCUCUCAGGUAGAGCGAUUGCGUAGCCGAACCCAAAGCCCUGGAUUCCGCCCGCAGCGCCGCCUAAUAGAAAUGAUUGAAGUUAAAAGGGGCGGAAAGCCUGGGGAUGUGGCUUAGCUGUACAGUGAGCGUUUGCCUCGAGUGUGCCAAGCCCUGGGGGCAACCCCCAGAAUCUCAAAAAUGAUCAAACUAAUUUUUUUAAAAAUCCUUUUUGUUUUGUUUUUCCAGACAGGGUUUCUAUAUGUAUCCCUGGCUGUCCUAUAAUUUACUCUGUAUACAGGCUGACCUCGAACCCGGAGAUCUGCCUGACUUUGCCACUCAAACGCUGGGAUUAAAUGCAUGCACCACUACUGCCCUGCUUUUUAAACAAGGAAAAUCUUAUGUGGGAAAGCUAAUCCAACGCUGUUCGUGGAGGAUUGUUGAUAGUUACAAAACAUAGACAAGUACUCAACAUUAGGAAAUUAUUUUUGUUUGUUUGUUUGUUUCUUGAGACAGUGUCUCUAUAUAGCCUUGGCUGUCCUGUAACUCACAGAGAUACACCAGCCUCUGCCUUACAAAUGCCACUCGUCGCCAAACGAUUUAAGAAGUCAGGAGAUGACUUCCGUUUUCAGGCUCAGCAAAGGUGGUCUGCCCAUUUCAUCACAUCCCUUAUCGGACCUAGCGCUAGGGCUCCAUCCAGUCUUGCUCACCAAGUAGCCAGGGGCUUGCGGAGCUAGCUCAGUAGAAUAAAAUUUGCACGCGGCCAGCUCCGCCUCCCUACGAAGCCCCGCCCCAUCCUUGAGGCCAGGCGAGGAGGAGUUUCCAUGGUGACCGCAAACAAGGCCCCUUCUGGAGGGACCACUACAGAGUUACCAGCCCAGCUGCCACUAUGAUACCCCCCGCAGACUCUCUGCUCAAAUAUGACACCCCGGUGUUGGUGAGCCGGAACACAGAAAAACGGAGCCCCAAGGCUCGGUCACUGAAAGUCAGCCCCCAGCAGCCUGGGCCCUCAGGUCCAGUCCCACAGCCACCCAAGGGCAAACUACCCUCAACUUCCUGUGUCCCAGAUCCUGCGAAACAGGCAGAAGAAAUCUUGAAUGCCAUCUUGCCACCAAGGGAGUGGGUGGAAGACACGCAGCUAUGGAUCCAGCAGGUGUCCAGCACACCCAGCACCAGAAUGGAUGUGGUGCAUCUCCAGGAGCAGCUGGACCUGAAGCUGCAGCAGAGACAGGCCAGGGAGACGGGCAUCUGCCCCGUGCGCAGGGAACUCUAUUCGCAGUGUUUCGAUGAGCUGAUCCGGGAGGUCACCAUCAACUGCGCAGAGAGAGGGCUGCUGCUGCUGCGCGUCCGGGAUGAGAUCCGCAUGACCAUCGCCGCCUACCAGACUCUGUAUGAGAGCAGCGUGGCGUUCGGCAUGAGGAAAGCACUGCAAGCCGAACAGGGGAAGUCAGACAUGGAGAGGAAAAUUGCAGACUUGGAGACAGAAAAGAGAGAUUUGGAGAGGCAAGUGAAUGAACAGAAGGCAAAAUGCGAGGCCACCGAGAAGCGGGAGAGUGAGAGGCGACAGGUGGAGGAGAAGAAGCACAAUGAGGAGAUCCAGUUCCUGAAGAGGACCAACCAGCAGCUGAAGGCCCAACUGGAAGGCAUUAUCGCACCAAAGAAGUGAUAAUUUCCAUGAGUCUCGGCAGGCACUACGCUGCAUCAUAAGCCCAUUGUAAUAAAAAGCCAGUUUCCUGAGUGAACAAGCCAUCCCCUCCCCUGAUCACCACUCAUGUAAUUGUUAGAACUGUUGCCCAGUGCUGUGAAACACCUAAGGUCUGGCAGCCAGGCUCCUGGUUGGGCUGUGGAAGGUGGUGUAACCCCACGCCCAUGUACAGUUUAUAGACUGGCCUGGGGAUUUGCCAUCUCAAUAACAGGUAGCAAAUGUUUCCCUGGAUAAAUGACUUUUGUACCAAGUUCAGUUCACAGUUCACCUUGUAGCUUGGGUUUCCCUGGCCCCAUCCUUCCACUUCCUCACUUUAGUGUAACUCUUAGCAACUUAUUUCAGAGUUCGCUGUUAGUCUCAUCCCCACCCAAGUCAGCAGCCUAUCCUCAGUCUGCCUGGUUCUGCAAAAAACAGCAGGCAAACCCAUGCUCGCUGAGAGGCAAAAUCCCAGUAUCUUGAGAGAUGCCUCCAUGCCAGGCCCUCCCCACUACUCAGCUUCUGCAGGAAGGACAUCAAAGCCUGACUCUACACUCCCUAAUAGCCAUCAGUGAACAGCUAAGCAGGUAGCCACAUGUCACUGCAGUUCUACUCAGGUUAUGGCCUCCAGAAGACUUAAAUUACAGACUGAUUUCCAUUCAGGGAAACCCAGGGUGGGAGAGGACAGUGAGUUUGGUGACACCCAUCAUUCAGGCAAGUGUCAGAAGUCCUGUUCUUCAGGUGGCACUAUCAUUUCCUUGCCAUUGGUAGGAAUGCCCGAAGGAGUGCCAGAAAGGACUCACUUCUUAGCAGCUUUGCCCUCCAUCCUAGUCAAGGCGUAUUGCAGUAUGAUCCCAAGAGCUCUUCUUAGUUGAAUAUACCCCACACACUCUGACCUUAUAUCAGAGUCACGUCUUUGUCACCCCAGGAUCCUGAGGAACUAAGUCUGCCACCUUCCUGGAAGAGCCCAUUCCUUGUGGUGUGAUGGCUUUGCUGCCCAGACAGAAAAGCAUUUGUACCCUAACCAAGCAGGCUCAAGGCAGUUGCUGGAGCAUCCUUGCUCCUCCAGUCUCAUCACGAGUAUCUCCGAGGCCCUCGUGCUCCUACAGCUUCCUUUGUAGGCUCCCAUCCCCAGCACUGCUCAGUAAAGAAACAGACAGUCUCUCUCUCACACACAGGGUCACACUCUGGAGGAACCAAGGGCCAGGACAAGUGUUUGAAAAACUCUGGGGCUGAGGAUUUACUGUUGUUCCUAGCACUGGGGCACAGCCUCAACUGCUGAGCUCCCCAAGUGUGUUGUCUUAUAGAUGCCAACUGGGCAUGAAAGAAUGAACACAAUUCCUACUAGCAUAUUUUUGUAUAAUUUAAUAAACAACUUUCUAGAUGUUA